AUGGUUGCAGCGAUGCGCCAAAAGCCAGCUGUUGGAAAGGCUGCCCCUCAAGCCAAUGGUCAAGCUGUGCGGCCAACGAAGAAAGGCAAAACAGCACCCAGCACAGCGAAACAGCCACCUCACUCCGCAUCCCUCGACGAUGAGCAAGAACAGUUGCUGGACUACCUUGACAAGGGCUCUCCUUUCGCAGUACGCAUGGUAAAGCUUCCAUCUGCAGGUUCCAAGAAAAGGAAACGCGACGAAGACCUCUUGCAAGACGACCUAUUCGAGCCCCGCCUGGCCUGUCUAUACGAGGUGCAGCCUCUCGAUAAGUGGGAAAGCCUUCGACGAUAUAAGAAGUUUACAGUGGGCAAUGAGAGCAUCUCAACAGGGCAAUGCGUCCUGAUCAAGCAAGACGACGCGGAAGAUGCAACAUUGGAUUUGGCCGCCCAGUGGAAAGCGAAAGUGCUGGAAGUGAGAGCUCUGGACUCGGAACACGUCUUUAUAAGAGUUGCAUGGCUCAACCGGCCGGAGGAUCUCGAUAGUGGUCGUCAAGCUUAUCAUGGCACAAAUGAGCUCAUACCUACAAACCGCAUGGAUGUCAUCGAUGCCAUGAGCGUCAAUGGCACCUUCGAAAUCGUCAAAUGGGAUGAUGGUGACAAUGACACAGCUGUGGUGAGCCACGAACAGUACUUUUGGAGGCAGACACUGGAUUACUGCGAGAACAAGAUAUCGAAACUGCGCCUGAUGUGCAAAGACAACAAGCCCCAGAACCCGGAUGAAAUGAUUGUUCAGUGUUCACACGAAGGCUGUCGCAAGUGGCAGCACGUCAAAUGCAUGGCUGAGCUUGCCGUCUACGAAGCUGCAAACCAGAAGCCAUGCUCCAGCUCGAAACGAAAGAGCGCUGUCAAGAAACAGGAGCCGGAGGAUGAAGACAAGAAGACUCUCGACAUAAAACAAGACUCGCCAGUGGUCGCAAAGGCUGUCAAGGGCUCCGUUACCGCCGAAGUCUUCAUCAAAGGCGAGCCACGACUGGCAGAGAUCAAGCCGGCAGCAGAGACCGAGAUUGUUAUCACCGAUGCGAACGGAGAACAACAUUCGGUCGGAUUGAAUUGCUUGUUCUGCGGCAAGGCGGUCGACUGA